AUGAGCAAGCCCAAUGAGAAGCUUCUACGUUCUAUGGUUGAAAGUGUAGCAGGCGAAUAUGCUGCUCUUUUAGAAUAUAGAAACAGACUUGAAGCAGAUUGUAACAAAUUGAAAGAGUUCAUAGAUAAUCAAAUACAACAAAUACACCAGCUUAAUGACGAUUUCAUUAAAUUGCGACAGGAAUAUGGUCAACGAAAUGAUAACUACGGAGCGCCAAAAAGCUACUACAAUUGA